CUCUUCCAACCAAAGAAGCCGAGACCGCAUAGAGAUAGAUAGAGAGAGAGAGGGAUCCCAUCUUUCAUUCUCCGAGACGCCUUUCGUGCUUCGAUCGCCAUGGCGGCGUCUUCCGCUACUUUUUUCAUCACCGGUGGAGUUCACUCUGAGAAAUUCAGCCCUCUGUCCAACAAGCGCAGAGUAUCAGGUGGUUUUCAAUCUCAAUUGGCAUUUUGUCAGAAUUCAAGGCAGCUGAGCCACCGUCGGUUGACGCCCAUUCAUGCUGAGUACAGUGAUGGUUCAAGAGGUGGGGGUGGUGAUUUUCUUGCUGGUUUCCUUUUAGGUGGAGCAGUUUUUGGAACACUAGCCUAUGUCUUUGCUCCACAGAUCAGGAGAUCCUUACUGAAUGAAGAUGAAUCUGGAUUCCGGAGGGCAAAGCGGCCCAUAUAUUAUUAUGAUGAAGGUUUAGAGAAAACUCGUCAGAUGCUGAAUGCAAAGAUAAGUCAGCUGAAUUCAGCCAUUGACAAUGUUUCUUCUCGGUUGAGAGGUGGAAAUAAUGUGGUGACAGAGCCUAUCGAAGCUGAACCUGAAGUUGAAGCCUCCAUGUAGGCAUUGUUGUUGCUUUAUAGUUUCAAAUCAUCUCAUCUUGUUGAAGUGGUCACUGUCAUGUUGCUUGAGUCUCUUGAUCAUAAUCUCUAUUUGCUUCCAUGUAAAAUCUGUUUCUGUACCCGUUUCUUCUGGGUUUGUCAUGCAGUUUUUUCAUUUGGAUAUAAAUUUUGAAGCUAGAUCAUGAGCAACGGUUGGCAAAUCA